GGUAUGAACUUCCGGGAGUCAAUUUGGUGGCGGGAAGAAGAGCAGCUGGGUUAUUUUCUGGGCGGAUCAGACCUGCGGCCUCUGCGAUGGAGGAGCAGCCGCGGGAGAGGCCUGUGGCCGGGGCUGAGGCCAGCGGAGAGGAGCGGGGUGUGUCGCAGGCCGCGGAGGAGCGCAUCGAAGACCGCAUCAGCCUGCUGCUCAGGCUGAGAGCUCAGACAAAGCAACAGCUCUUAGAAUACAAGUCCAUGAUUGACGCACAUGAAGAAAAAACUCCAGAACAGAUCAUGCAAGAAAAACAGAUUGAAGUUAAAAUUGAAGACCUGGAGAAUGAAAUUGAAGAUGUAAAAUGUAAUAUUGAAGUGCAAAAUCUUGCACUGAGCAGGAUGAAACUUUCAGUUGCACUUCAGGAGAACAUGGAGAACAUGGGACCUGAGAGCUGUGUUCUCACUGAUGACAUGAAGCACAUAUUAAAGCUACAAAAGUUAAUACUGAAGUCCCAGGAGGAGUCUUCAGAACUGGAGAGAAAACUGCUUGAUGUCAGGAAGAAGAGACUACAACUAAAACAAGCUUCAAGAAGUAAGCUUUUAGAAAUACAAACCGAGAAGAGCAAACAGAAAGAGGAUUUCGACAAGAUGGAGAAUUCUGAAAUGAUAAAGACCAUGAAAAAAAAUCUACAGAUGGAGAUAAAGCUCACUACAGUUAUUCAACACACAUUCCAGGGCCUUAUUUUGGCGAGUAAAAUCAACUGGGCAGAGGAUCCUGCCCUCAGAGAGACAGUGCUACAGCUGGAGAAGAAUUUCACCACGCUAUGAGAAGAAUCCCGCAGUUUAAAAUUGGUUUUGUGGCCAAUCUGUCAUUUAAAUAGCCGAGUUCAGGGGAAAUGUAAAUAGUGUUUUUGGAACCACUCUGCUGCUUCAGUUUUGGGGUUUGAGUUGAUGAUAUGACAUGGAAUCUUUCGUUUUAAAUGUGCUUAAAGUGACUGACAUCCUCUGCAGGAGUCUGGACAUGGAGGCCUUGGAAAGAAACAGGUGGUCCUGCUGCCGCAGGACGUGCACAUCUUUGCAAACAUUUUCCUGGUGACCCCUUUUGGAAUAUGCUUAUGCAUUUGUGCACCGUGCAAAGUUGUGUUUGUUAAGUAAGGUUGUGUCUUCUUUUCUCCUCUAUUUAGCAUGCAUUUUACUUUUAUAACUUAAGGAAUAAAAAAAAUAAACAUUACUGUCUUAUUAACUAAAAAA